UUGCAGGAGGGCACCAAGCAAACAAGCAAGCAAGCAACCUCCCGUCUCAUUGGAGCAGCAGCACACAUCUGUCCCGACCCGAUCUCGUCGUUUGCAGCACGCCAGAUCAAGAAGCCUGAUGAGCAGCUUUCACGAGGAUUUUCGGACCAUGUUCGCUGACGUGCUCCACUACUAAGUUUGUGCAGAAAGAAGGAGAGACAGGCGCCCAACUUUAACUGGACCCUUUUCCGAGGAAGGCAAGCAGGAGGAAAAGUCCUUGGCUCGCAGCUGGGUUGAGGAGGCGGAUAUUUUUUAUGCUGCAACUUCCCACAGAAGCCGAGAAAAUUCUACCGCAGAGGGGAUGAGAGCGGUUAUGAGCAGAGAAGUCAGAUUUCGGGGCUAAGGGAACCAGACCACACCGCACCAACAGAAUGCGGGAGCGGGGCCCUUGUAUGUGCGGAGUCGGUGUGUGGAGUCUACUGCUGUCACUUUGUCUGGCCUCCCUCACUCAUGCACACAGGAGUCACACAGUGCAUGUGAAGGCAGGGACGUGUGAGGUGAUCGCUGCCCAUCGCUGCUGCAACAAGAACAAGAUCGAGGAGCGAUCUCAAACCGUCAAAUGUUCCUGCUUCCCCGGACAAGUUGCUGGCACCACUCGGGCCAUGCCUUCUUGUGUUGAUGCCUCCAUUGUUGCCCAGAAGUGGUGGUGUCAGAUGGAGCCAUGUAUGGAAAGUGAGGAAUGUAAGGUUCUUCCAGACCUCACAGGAUGGAGCUGCAGCACCGGCAACAAAGUCAAGACGACCAAGGUGACCCGAUAGUUCAAGAAGACAAGUUUGUGGCGGCUACAAUGAUUUUGCCACACAUGUACCUGCAGACGCGGUGAAAAUUUACCCUGAUGGACUUGAGCAAACAUUUAGUUUAAUUUCCCUGAGGACAUCCGAGGAAUGGCGGCUGAAAAGCCAGGACUUUUAUGUCGCCCAACUGACCCAAACUUGUGUCUCGGUGCUUGGUUGCACAGGACUGUGGAAAACAACAUCCUUCACUGGAAAAAAAGCAACGUCGAAACCGAAAACUACGGGGCAAAAGACAUUUUCCCUCCGGUGAACGGCAUUAUUCGAACCUGUUCUAUGACUUAGUGGUGUUCCGUAUAUACAAGGGCAGUUAUUGGACUUUAGAAAGAAAACUUUCAUUUAAAAAACGGAUCAUGUACUUUCAUGUACACUAUGAAAUUGAAAACACAUGAAGCAUUCAAAUCUGACAAAAUGUUUCUCCGUCAAAGCUUUGAAAAUCUCACUUUGUAGGAAUAAUUUAACUUAAAUAGUUUGUGUGGUUAACCACAUUUUUUAAAACUCUUCAUCCCCCCCCCCCCCCCCCUCCCAAGGUUGAGUUUAGACUGAUAUCAGUUAAGUGUUCUACAUGUAAAAAUGCUCCAUGGAUUCAGUGCGGCUAAAAGUGAAGUGAUGCGCAAAUGGUUUUAAUAUCUGUGUUUUUAAAUGCCUGUGUAACCGCUAUUGGUUAUUUGUCAGUAUUAUAGGGAAUGAAUAAAGCCUUUCAAAAAGGAAA